CACCACACACACAGACACAUAGAUUCAUUAUAGGAGGUGAUAAAAAUGAAAUGACAUAACCCUUCAGUUAUGAAAUGAAAUGACAUAACCGAGAAGUAGGCACUCUCACACUCACACUCACACACACACACACAGCCAGAUCUGAUCCCCUGUGCCACAACCAAACACACACACCAAGUUCUAGUCCUACGACCACAACCAACGUGAAGCACGCGCACACACACACACACACACACACACACACACACACAGAGCUCAGCAAACAGGAUGCUGGCUCCACUCAGGCUCUGCCUAGUCCCCUCUGCGUCAUGGCUGACCUCCACCCUCAAUCCACUGCAGCUGGGCCCCAGGGUGAGGCCCUGGGGACAGACUUGGAUGACCUGUUGGACUUCAUUUCUGGCUGGGGGUCAAGUUUGCCCGGUGCCAAAGGAGAAAUUUCCUUCUCACUGGCUCUGCGCUGGCGAGGGCUGAGUGAGCAGUGUUGCCCGUCCUGCCCAGGAGUGCUGUGACAGGCCCCAAGCACACAGACCAUGCUGGGCAGAGAUCACCUGAUCCCGGCACCAGGCCCCGGGCCUGGGAUUGGCCUAGCGUGAGGCUGCGUGCACCUGCCAGUGUGCCGUUGGCUCUGAACAUAAACUUGCAGCCUUGAGCUGCACUGGGCAGUUCCUGGGCAGUCUGGGCGCAGGAGUCACGGCCAUGCAGGUGCUCACCAAGCGCUACCCCAAGAACUGCCUGCUGACUGUCAUGGAUAGGUAUGCGGCUGUGGUGCGGGACAUGGAGCAGGUGGUGAUGAUGCCCAGCCUGCUGCAGGACCCGGCGGGCCCGCCCGACCUCUAUCCCUGCUACCUGAUGCUCAAGGCCAUCCGCGUGGACGUGGACCACGGGCUGCUGCCCCGGGAGGAGUGGCAGGCCAGGGUGGCUGGGCAGGCAGCCUGGGAGACAGAGAGAGGAACUGCGCCUGCGGAGGGCGCCCGAGAGGACGAGAGGGUCCCGGAGCCCCUGGACUUGGAAGCCCAGUUCCACCUGCACUUCUCCAGCCUCCACCACAUCCUCACCAGCCUCACCCUGAAGGCCGAGGAGGUGACACGGAGAUACCAGGAACUGACGGGGCAGGCUGAGUAGGCUGGCCCUGGCAGGUAAAGGGUCCCCUGAGGGGAUGGUGGCUGGGGCUGAGGUGCAGGGAAGGCCGGCUCUUGCUCCUGGGGGGCUCAGGCUGGGCUCGCCUCCUCCCAGACUUAGAUUUAGAGAGCAACGGCCACACACCAAGGAGGAAGGAGUUCUGGGUGCUCCAUACAUGUGUGGCCCGCCCCGGAACUCCACCAGGAGCUACCCUAGAGUGCUGGGCAUGGCCCAUGAAGGAGAAGGAAUCUGAUGCGAGUCCCGGUGGCUCAGACUGAGAGAGAGACACAUGAUCACUUGACCAUGAUGCCAUCAUGGGGUCCUCUGGUGCUGCGAGUUUCUGUGAGGUGGAUUCAUGCACCCUGCGCCAGCGGCAGGCAGGGUGGGCAGUCAGCAGGCCUUGUUUGAAGCUGGUCAGACGCGAAGGGAGGAGCCAGGGAGGUGAGGGUGGGCAGGGAGCCCCCCCUGCUGGCAGGAGGGAGCCAGACUGGCUCCUGGCUGGAGCGGGCACACUUAGCCACAUCUGCCAGUUUGUGUCGUGCCACCAGCCAGCCCUGUCCCCCACACUAGCUUCCUUGGUCACCAGUCAUGUCUUUGGAGAUCUCAAAAUAGUCCCCGUGGAACUGAAGGGCAGAAUUCUGGUCCACACCUGGUGGUGCUCAGAAUUUACUCCUGGUGGGCCUCUGGGGACCAUACCUGGGUUGGCCAUAAGCAGGACAAGUGCCUUAACUUCUGUGCUAUCUCUCUGGCUCUCGAAAAAUCUUUUUACAGAGGAGGUUCUUUUUUAAAGAUAAUAUAUAUUGUACUUAACUCUGUCUAAGGCACAUGAUACACAGGUAUAGCCACAUAGUCGAUUUUAUUCCUUAUAACUUACUAGUCAUAAUAGAACUUUCUUUCUUUCUUUCUUUCUUUCUUUCUUUCUUUCUUUCUUUCUUUCUUUCUUUCUUUCUUUCUUUCUUUCUUUCUUUCUUUCUUUCUUUCUUUCUAUUUUUGCUUUUUGGGUCACUUACUGGUCAUAAUAGAACUUUCUUUCUUUUUUUUUGUUUUGUUUUUGGGUCACACCCGGCGAUGCACAGGGGUUACUCCUGGCUCUUCACUCAGGAAUUACCCCUGGCGGUGCUCAGGGGACCAUAUGGGGUGCUGGGAUUCGAACCCGGGUCGGCCGCGUGCAAGGCAAACGCCCUACCCGCUGUGCUAUUGCUCCAGCCCCUCUUUCUUUCUUUCUUUCUUAUUUAUAUUUUUGCUUUUUGGGUCACACCUGGCAAUGCACAGGGGUUAUUCCUGGUUCUGCACUCAGGAAUUACCCCUGGCGGUGCUCAGGGGACCAUAUGGGAUGCUGGGAAUCGAACCCGGGUUGGCCAUGUGCAAGGCAAAUGCCCUACCCGCUGUGUUAUCGCUCCAGCCCCUGCGCAGAGAUUCUUGCACCAGCACUCAGCACUCACUUCACCUUCUCUGGGCUUUGUGUUUUUUAAGAAUUACAACAGGCACCAGAAUUGUUCAACUGUUUAGGGUCCCUUGCUUGGCCAAGGAGAUGCUGAGUGGGUGCCUGGCCUGCAGUGAGCCUGGGCUGGAGCUCUGGAAUCACGUGGUCCCCUGAGCAGCACCCAUGUGGCCUGGAGUCCUUCAGCACUGCCAGACUAAAGCAGCCCUGAGUCACUGCACCUGAGCAUGAAGCUGUGCAGCACUGCUCUCUGGAGUGUCCUACCCCCAGCACCCCACUGCCUAGAGAAAAAACCCAAUCAAAUUACUCGCAUAAGGGCUAGAGAAGAGGUUCAGUGGUCCAGUGGCUUCCUCUUGUAUGAGUCCCUGGAUUCUAUCCCUGGUCUCAAAUACACACACACACACACACACACACACACACACACACACACACACACACACACAGACACA